AAGGAGAGAGGCAUUGGCAUAAGUAAUUAACUAAUAAGAUGGCCGGAUUAAGCGUUCUCUUGGAAACAAAAAAUAGCCUGCCAAACUACGCAAAGAUCAUAUGCAAAACCUCGCUCGUGAAGAACUCCGCUUCUUCUCCCUUAUGCGCCAGCCCUUUCCUGGAAAAUUGCUACAUGUGCCAGGAGAAGCUGCAGCAAGGGAAGGAUAUCUACAUGUACAAAGGGGAUCGAGCAUUCUGCAGCGAGGAGUGCCGGCGCCGGCAGAUAUUUAUGGACGAGGAGAGCGUGAGGAGGGACCAGUGCUCCAUCUCCGCUGCGACGGCUGCCGCGGAGACCCUCCGGCCGAGGAGGAUGGCCAGGAAAGGAGAGGUCACCUUGGUCGCCCGGCUUGCGCGCUGACGGGAAUAUUUUGUUUUACCAAACUGCCCUUAUCCCCAUACUGUUAAGCCUCUGCGGUGCCAGACCUGGCUCAUGCAUUUUUUUUAAUUGCAAAUUUAGA